UCCAGCCGGGCCUGUCCGCGCGGCCCGGUGCAGGCCUGGGGAGCCGGAGUCCCCUCCGACCGCCUGGGAAGGUCCAGGGUGCAGCGAGCAAGGCCGCGGAUCAGCCUCUCCCUUUCGCUCCGCGCCCCACUAUGGCGGGCGGGCGCUGCGGCCCGCUGCUCACGGCGCUCCUGGCCGCCUGGGUCGCGGUGGCGGCGGCCACGGAGGAGGAGGAGGCCGGGCCCGAGCACGCUGCGCUGCGGGCCGAGCAGAGCAUGGUGCUUCCCAUGACUGCCUCCAACUGGACGCUGGUGAUGGAGGGCGAGUGGAUGCUGAAAUUUUAUGCCCCUUGGUGUCCAUCCUGCCAGCAGACUGAUUCGGAAUGGGAGACAUUUGCAAAGAAUGGUGAACUCCUUCAUAUCAGUGUGGGGAAGGUUGAUGUCAUUCAAGAACCAGAGGCUGGUUGCACGGAUACGUGCACACUGAAAGGAAUUGAAUUAGAAGGUGGCCUGUGGGGCGAGACUGGGCAAGACAGGCUGGACACGCCCCCGAGCCAACCUCCUGCCGUCCCUCCCCAGCCGGCUGCACUUGGAGCGGCGCCAGGGCUCGAAAGGCAUCUGUGGAGUUUGAGUGGCCGCUUCUUUGUCACUACUCUCCCAGCAUUUUUUCAUGCAAAGGAUGGGAUAUUCCGUCGUUACCGUGGCCCAGGAAUCUACGAAGACCUGCAGAAUUAUAUCUUAGAGAAGAAGUGGCAAUCAGUUGAGCCUCUGACUGGCUGGAAAUACCCGGCUUCUUUAACGAUGUCUGGAAUGGCUGGCCUUUUUAGCAUCUCUGGCAAGAUAUGGCAUCUUCACAACUACUUCACAGUGACCCUUGGAAUGCCUGCUUGGUGUUCUUAUGUCCUUUUCGUCAUAGCCACCUUGGUUUUUGGCCUUCUCAUGGGUCUGGUUUUGGUGUUAAUAUCAGAAUGUUUCUAUUUGCCAUUUCCAAGGCAUGUAUCUGAACAUCCCGAGCAGAGUCGGAAGUCAGAGGAGGCUGAUAGGGCUGAACAGUUGCAGGAUGCAGAGGACGAAAAAGAUGACUCAAAUGAAGAAGAAAACAAGGACAGCCUUGGAGACGACGAGGAAGAGAAAGAAGACUUUGGUGAUGAGGACGAACCAGAGGAAGAAGAGGAGGAGGACAACCUGGCUGCUGGUGCGGAUGAGGAGACUACUGAUACCCAGGCGCAGGGGCCCCCGAAGGAGCCCCUGGAGGAAAGAGAACCCAAUGAGACUGAGGAAGAUGCCCCUGGGCAGCCCCGUCCAUCUGACACGGAAGACACAUUGAGGCAGCGCAAAAGUCAGCAUGCUGAUAAGGGACCUUAGGUUCACAGACUGUUUCCAAGAACAUAGAGCAGAGGAGUGUGCCGGCUUCCCUCUGUCUGCAGUCUAAACCAAAAUCCUCAUUGUUUCCCGAGCAAGCUUCUCUUAAAAAACCAUCUUAGUCAUGUAGUCUCGGCAUUAAGCCUAACGUGUAUUAAUGAGAAUCCUUCAGGCAUGACAAUCAGGAUGCGUGGUGGUAGGAUAUGCUUGGGGAUUUGGGAUGGGCACACAUGCAUUUACUUGGGGCGAGAGUUUUGACCAGAGGUAGCGGUGCCCAGCCCUCGUGAGGACUGGUCAUUGACAAGGCUGCACGCCCCAUAAAGUGAAAGCAAAACAGCCUGAGCAUCCUCGUGUGUAGCAGAAGUCUCGCUUCUCCUUGUGUUAAGAAGUUACUUUUGUCAAACUAUAAGAAACAUCAGGCACCAUAGUACUGGGCCCCUUUUUUUUAGAGAGAAAUGGAGAGGGCCCUGGAUUAUUGUAGAAAAGAGCUUGGCAGUUGUCUUGACUUUAAAUCUCCAUUGUUAUGUCUUAUUUCGUACCUGUCCCAUUUCCAGCUGUCCUGCCAAGGGCCUGCAGGCUCCCCACACUUCACAUUGCUUCCUAGUGAGAGGCCCAGACAGCAGCCGGGUUGACAUCAGCUGCGUUUAGUGGAUUUAAGGGUUUAGGUAAUCAAAAACCGCAGCCCGUGAAGCCGGACUGUCAAACAGCUCGAAUGCAGCAUUGUAACCUUUGGGGAUUCAAAAAGUAGUAGGGAUUUUACAGGAGACAAUUUUGUUGUUUUUUGCCAAAAUGUAGUAAUUUUUUUCAAAAAGUCCCUUCAGCAAUAUUCUUUCCCAACCCAGAAGUCUCCUAAGUCUUGCCAGUACAAGGUAGUCUUGUGAAGAAAACUCGAAUACUGUGUUGUUUUGUUUUCAUCUCCAGGGGUUCCCUGGCCUUGAACCACUUUAGUAAUAACUGAACAUUUCUGGUUCUCCUUCAGUGAUGUGCUUUUGGUGAAAGAAUUAAUGAAAGUGAGUAUCUGGAAAUGAAAGAUUUGGUUUCAUUUCCUUCUUUCUUAAUCUUGUAAAGAAUUUUAUCCCUGUAAAUCUCUCAGUGCUCAAUCUACUGAAAGUACCCAGGAGGCCCAGUUUCUUUUUAAAAAAUCCAUCCAUCUACUUCUGUCUUACCUCUGAUUUAUGUUUUAGAAUAAAUUCAUAAAAUUAGAUUCCAAGCUUAUGAAAGAUGACUAAAGUUGAUUCUACACCCCUUGAGUCCAGACAGAAUAAUAAGUAAGUGCAGGCUUAUGAAAUUUAAAAGUUUCUGUCAUUUUAAAAAAGAAAUAUGCAGUGUACUCUUAUCUGGCUGUUUAGAUAACCCUUUUCUUCCAUUAACUUUGAACACGGGAUCACUGGCAGGAGGGAGCGGUUCUGAAACUUGCUGUCUUUCUGUGCUUGAAUGAGCCUGUUGCAAACUCACACAAAGGGGGUUUUUAUUCUGCCAGAAUCUAAUUUUUAGAGAUGGUUAUUUUUCAUCUUUCCAAUUCAGUUACCUGACAGCCUCAUCCUGCAGCAUGAGAGUCACCAGAUUUUUUUGUCCUAGCCGGUUUGGCUCAGUGGAUAGAGUGUCAGCCCACAGACUGAAGGGUCACAGGUUCAAUUCUGAUCAAGGGCCUGUACCUCAGUUGUAGGCUCCCUAGACAGGGCUCUUGUGGGAGACAACCAAUGGAUAUGUCUCUCACAUGGAUGUGUUUCUUUCUGUCUCUCCCCCUCCCCACUCUUUCUAAAAAUCAAUAGCAAAAUAUCCUCAGGUGAGGAUUACCCAAAAAAAUAAGCAAGAGUCACCAGCUUUUGGCAGCUAUGAAGCUGGGGAGAUCCUGACCAGACUAAGGACAUCGGAUUUCAUUGUCCUCCCAGCCCUUCAACCCUCUCCCAAAGACCCUCAAUAAGAUGGUUUGACAACCCACCCCGCCCCCCAAAACAAGAGUCACCAAUAAUAGUUUUUCUCUUCAGACAGCAACACAACCUCAGGUUAGAGGCCACCAGAGAACUGAGGGGCUAGGAAAAUCUUGAAUUUGCUCAUUUUCUUUCCUUCUGUAAGGUAGGUCUCUAACACAUCUUAUCCCAAAGUGCUGUCGUUCUGAUGAUUGCAGCUCCAUCUCCCUGAUCCUGGGAAUCUUUUCUGGAUCAUUGCUGAGCUGGGCGUGCCCUCCUGGCACUGGAUUUCUUUCUCUUAUAAUCAGCUGAAUUGAGUUUUCAAAGAUCAUUAAGCUCAAGUUCAGAGCUAUAGACUAAGAAAGGAUUCAGUUUGGCUUUUCUGUACCAGGUAUAAGCUCCCCUCCUUUGUAAUAAAAUCAUUUAUUUUUAAAGUGGAAUAUUUGACUAGAGGGGAGGGAAUGAAGAAAUCUACUUUGACUUUUUAGAAAUGUAAAACCAAUUUCCAGUUGGACCCCAAAUAGUAUAAUUAUAUAUACUAUUAUAUAUAUAAAUGUAUUUUCUUUCUCAACAAUACUUUAAAAAAAAUGAAGUGAGCAAAGAAAAGCAUAUUGGAGAAGAAAAUUCAUUAGAGGUUUAAAAGUCUGGCUAUGAGACCAUUUUUUUUUCCCCUGUUUUUCCUGUUUUUCAAUAUCCUGGCAAAAGAUGGGGUUUUUACCAAGUGGUCUGAUAAAUACUCAACUAAUUUCAUUUCUUUCCAUCUGAGGCCUUUAGAUUAUUUUCAGUAUGACUGAAUGUAAAACUAAAGGAAAAAAGUCAACCUAAAAUAAUUUGAAAUUAACAUUUCAAUAGGAUUUUAGGGAUAUUUCUUAUAUUUAUUCCAGGAGUCAAGUGCAUGGAAACAUGAUUUUCAUUUAGAAAGUAAACAUUAACCUUGCUUUCCUAUAUUGUAAUAUCAGUUAUUUACUUAUACAAUAGUAUUUUGUAUAAAUCAAAAUUAGGUGAAUUAAAAGUAACUGAGUAGUUGGAGCAGGUGCCUUUUCAUCAAUGAGGCACCUUCUACCUACCUUUGUCUUAGUUUCCUUUAUUACAUAUCUUGCUAGGUCUGUUACACUACCCAACUUGCUUAGCGAUCUUAUAUUGAGUUAGCAAACAAGCAUUGACCAGGUUGGCUUUUGACACUGGAGAAAGCCACAUUUUUAUUUAUUUAUGGCCCAAACUCGUUGAUAGCUCUGGAGUUGCUACAUGAUUUGGGUAUAUGUAAGCCUGCAGAGCCUGCAUCCUGUAACAACUUCGGAGUAGAUAAUAAAAAUGUCUUUCAGGGCAAGUACUUACUGUAUUACUGAGUCAAGAGUGAAGGAUGGGAAACAUUUAAGAGUCAAUAAAAGGUAGACAAGCUAGGGUACGCCUGAGAUUUCAGCACCUUAAAUUGGCAUGAAGUGAGAGAAAGAAAGGAGAUUAGUGCUUUUGCUAAUGUAUCAAUAUCUGUCUGUCCUUUAUCUCCGCGUCGAAGUGUUAUUUCUGCCAGUGUUAUAAAUGUGUGGUAGACCCAUCCUGUUAAAUAUAACAACAUUUGGAAAGUAUUCACAUCCUUUGUGCCAACAGAAAAGUUCUUUGUUUAGUAUCUCUUUACCUCAGUCCUAUGUUUUGGUUCUCCUGAGGUUAUAGCUUGUCUUGCAAAACCAACGUGGAGUCAUCAAGUCUGAUGAACCUCCAACUGCUUGUGAACAGCUUUCCCGAACCAGGAGGUUCAGUGGAAAGGCUGUGACAGCUUCAGACCAGGACUUGGCCUUCAGGUGAAGGCUUAUUCUCAGUAAAGUUUCAUGUGAACUGUGACAUUGUACUAGUCUAUGUGAGACAUACAGCUUUGACAUGUUUCCAAUAUAGUGUAAUUGUAUUUGUUACUAAAUAGCUUCUUUGUGCAAAUGCAGUUUUUAUAUUGAAAAUGCUUAUUUGUAUUGCAAUACAUUAUAAAUUUAUUAUUUAUAUUCCUUGUAAUAGUCUUGAUUAUUUAGCCCACGGUACUUAAUUAUUUUCCUCUUCAUCCAUGUGUUUACUCUUUGCCUCCUCAAAUAGUAUCUGCAGCAACUGGAACCAAGAUAGGCGUUUCUAGCAGAACGUUGCCUGAAUUGCAAAGCACCUUAAUCACAGAAUUGUACAUGUUCCUUGAUCCUGUGUGUUUUCAUUUUAUGUAAAUUUCCAUUUGCCUCAAAACCUAUGAUAGUGCUAAGUAAAAACAAAACCAUCUAUUGCUUUCA